AUGCCGGCUUGGUCCUUCGUGGAAUUAUCAUGCAGUUUCUUAAGCCCCAAGAUGGUGGGUGUCUCGCCGUUCUUUGCGCCGCGUGAGGAGCGUCUAAACACUGAGCCACCGAGCUUGUCUAGCGCGCUCUGGGAAUACAUGCACUGCACAAAGCGGGCCAUUAAUACCCGCAUUAUUGGCUUCUGCGAGCCAACGCUGAAGCAAUGCGUGGAUGACCUUGUGCUCUACACAAAGGCGUCCAAGUGGGGGGGCUGUGACGCGGCUUCAAUGGAGGAGGUACUUAGAAGGCGGCGCGGGGACGUUGACGUUGAUUCGUUGCCCUGGGAAUCACGUGAGUCGUAUAAGCAGUGGCUGACUAAGCAGGGAAGAAGGAGUGAGUCUUGA